AGUUAAUAAUAAGUGAUAAAGUGUAGUAUAAAAACUGAAUUAUAUAUUUAAAAAUUAAAUAAUAUAUUUUAGUCUUAUUAUAAUUAUAACAAGUUGUAUGAAAUACAGUUAAAAAUAUGGAUUUUGCAUUUAUUUUAUUAGUUUUAAACUUUGCAAUUGUUUUUGCCUCCAAUGAUGACCUGAUAGGCUCACUGCCGGGUUUGACUGAACCGAUUAAAUUUAAACAAUAUUCUGGUUACUUAACCGCACGCCCGGGUAGACAUCAUUUCUAUUGGUUUGUCGAGAGCGAGACUGAUCCGGCUAACGCACCAGUAGUUCUCUGGCUAACGGGAGGACCCGGUUGUAGUUCAGUGUUCGGUAUGCUCACAGAGAAUGGUCCGUUCCAUGUGAACAGUGAUGGCAAAACUGUUGCAUUAAAUACUCACUCCUGGAAUAAAGUGGCAAAUGUUAUAUACAUGGAGUCACCGGUUAGUACUGGUUUCAGUUAUGAAGACAAUCAACUCAUUCCUUACAACACUGAUGUGUCGACAGCUGAAGACAAUUAUUUAGCUCUCGAAAGCUUUUUUGUAAAAUAUCCACAUUUGAAGAAAAAUCCGUUUUAUAUUGUGGGCGAAAGCUAUGGAGGCGUUUAUGUACCGAUGCUUUCACUAGAAAUAUUUAAAAGAAACUCUACCAUCAAUUUUAAAGGUGCAGGAGUUGGCAAUUCAUUACUUGACGGAAAUUUAUUGUCCGGUCAACACAUGUAUGACUUUGCAUUGGGUCACGGAUUGAUUACAACUGACUAUUACGAGAAAAAGAUUGAGAACUGUUGUGAGUUUAAGUCCGGUCCACAACAUCAGUGCGAUUUUGAUGAACACUUAAAUAAUACUAAAUGCCAAUCAGUACCGGUGCAAUCGGUGUCGACACCAAAUCCAUACAAUAUAUACGAUGAUUGUUUUCCUGAUCUAUACUAUCAAACGAUUUUCAAUAAGUUUUAUAAAGAAAGAUUUGAAAGAAUAGGCUUAAAGUUUCCUAUUGGAGAGUCACUAAAAUUGAAUGGACCGGAAAAAUUGAACUGUCCUCAUGACGGACACUCAAAAUAUCUGAAUAUUGAAGAAGUUCGCAAAGCAUUACAUGUGAAGGAGGGUAGCAUAAAAUGGGUCGGUUGUGGAGGUGCUUAUGACAGACAAAAGGGUUAUACACCUCAACACGAAAAUGUAUUACAAUUGGUUAACAAAUACUCUUUGGGAAAGUUUGUUGUCUAUAACGGAGACUUUGACAUUAUGUGUGACUUUAUAUCAGACUCGCGUUUUGUCGAUAAUCUCGAACUUAAAAAAACAGAUACCUAUAAACAAUGGACUAAUGAUGGCACAAAAGAUGGAGAUAUCGGAGGUUUUGUACAGCACUACGAAAAAGGUGUUAGUUUUGUGUUAGUUCGCGGCGCCGGACAUAUGGUUCCUCAGGACAAACCCGAAGCCGGUCUACAAGUAUUCAAAUAUAUACUUGGAUUGACUAAAUUGUAAAUUGUUUAAUCAAUAUAAUAACAAAAUAUUCAAAUCAUAAUUUAUGAUUUUCAACAUCUUCUGCAAUUUUUGUUAAAAUUAAAGUAUUAUAAUAAUUAUUAUUCACUUAA